AAGGUCGUGGUUAGCACUCCCCACCACAUUUUUACAACAGCACCACACACCCGGCCGGAGAGUGAGGAAACUCCCCAGCGGAGUUUUUAACUACAGAGGUUUUCUUCAGACCGGUAUUUGGUCAAAUAGCUUAUGUUUGUUCGCUAAAUGAAGACCGAGACAAAAGCCCGAAGACCCACACAGGUUGCCCGCAUCCCCCCAGACUCCUGCGUGGCCCUCCAGACGAGCGCAGGUUGCCACAAAGCGGCGGUACCUCCGGUUUAGUGAACAUAAUCCUGUUGCUGAUAUUGUGGUUUCAACAUUUUGUUGGUUUAAACGCUUCAUAUGACUUCUGGUUGUAAUUUUCAGUGCAACUAGUUAGUGAAAGACUGCCAAUUGUCGGUUUUGAAUUCCUAAGGUCGUUUAUAUUGCAGUUUGUUUCCGUAGCCUAAAGAGGCACGAGAGAUCACAAAGGUGGCUAAUGUUAGCGACUAGCUCGCGACACAAACGAGUUCCAUCUCCGUACGUACCUUCGAGAGGUCGUUCGGUGUGCUUACACGGGACUACUCGCAUUAAGCAGCAGAACACACAUUCGUAACGGGGAACCAAUUACUAUUUGCCUAGUUAGUUGGCGAUCUUGCUGGACAGGCCAGCUUCCUUGUAUCAAAUAACAAAUGGGCUAGUGUUAGCUAACGCUGACUGGGCUGCUUUAAUAUUGUCGCACAAGUAAGGAAAUUAAAACGUUCAUUUAAUUUAGUAGUUUGUAUUUUUAGAUUAUCAAUAUGAUGGCAUUUUAAUGAAAAUGGACUAAGUUAACAAUCAAGGAAGAUAACUUUAGCUAUUAUUUGUAUGUAUCAAUAACAUUUUAGUUUGAUUUGAGUCGCUGAGAGCCAACGAAAAGGACUGGAGUUGGGAUAUCAAUUGACGAUCGGAAUUAAUUCUGUCCCUGGUUUUAACCGGAUUUUUGGCCUCUGGAUCGACGUGGGAGCAGCGGAAUUUCGACGUCCACUCUUAUCUGUCACUGUCGAUAUUUUUUCCUCUCCCUCCUCCCCCACAACCGUUCCCCGUUUCUCUCUCCGAUGCGGAUUGUUGAGUAGCACCGGCAACCAAAUCAAUACGGCAGCCGGACAUGCUGAAGUGUAUCCCUUUGUGGCGCUGUAACCGCCACGUCGAGUCGGUGGACAAGCGACAUUGCAAUUUGCAAAAUGUCCCUGACGAGAUAUUCCGUUACAGCCGCAGUCUGGAAGAGCUUCUCCUCGACGCCAACCAACUCAGAGAUUUACCCAAGCCUUUCUUUAGACUUCUGAACCUGAGGAAGCUGGGCCUGAGUGACAAUGAGAUCCAGAGGCUCCCUCCUGAGGUGGCCAACUUCAUGCAGCUGGUGGAGCUCGACAUCUCCAGAAACGACAUUCCUGAGAUCCCCGAGAGCAUUAAGUUCUGCAAGGCGUUGGAGAUUGCAGACUUCAGUGGAAACCCCCUCUCCAGGUUGCCUGAUGGUUUCACUCAGCUGCGAGGGCUCGCCCACCUGGCCCUAAACGACGUGUCACUGCAGACACUGCCCAAUGACAUAGGAAACCUGGCCAACCUGGUGACGCUGGAGCUCAGGGAGAACCUGCUCAAGUCCCUGCCCACGUCGCUCUCUUUUCUGGUGAAACUGGAACAGCUGGACCUGGGCAGCAAUGAACUGGAAGUGUUGCCAGACACACUUGGUGCUCUCCCUAAGCUACGGGAGCUGUGGUUGGACCGUAACCAGCUCUCCUCAUUGCCACCAGAGCUGGGGAACCUGCGGAGACUGGUGUGUCUAGACAUGUCAGAGAACCGCCUGGAGGAGUUGCCCUCGGAGCUGAGCGGCUUGCUGGCCCUCACUGACCUGCUGCUCACACAAAACCUCCUGGAGGUGGUCCCUGACAGCAUUGGCUCUCUGAAGCAGCUGUCCAUCUUGAAAGUGGACCAGAACCGACUGACCCACCUGAGCGACUCCAUAGGGGAGUGUGAGAACCUGACGGAACUUGUGCUGACCGAGAAUCUCUUACAGACUCUGCCUCGCUCGCUGGGCAAGCUGAAGAAGCUGACCAAUCUGAAUGCGGACCGCAACCGGCUGGGCGGCGUACCCGAUGAGCUGGGCGGCUGCGCCAGUCUCAACGUGCUCUCCCUCAGGGACAACCGUGUGGCCAAGCUGCCUGCCCAGCUGGCCGACGCCACCGAGCUCCACGUGCUAGACGUGGCAGGGAACAGGUUACAGAACCUCCCGUUUGCCCUGGCCAACCUCAACCUGAAGGCCAUGUGGCUGGCAGAGAACCAGUCCCAGCCCAUGCUCAAGUUCCAGACGGAGGAUGAGGAGAGCACCGGGGAGAAGGUGCUCACCUGCUACCUGCUACCCCAGCAGCCUUCCUCUAGCCUGGAGAACCUGCUCCAGAACAGUGUGGAUGACAGCUGGACAGACAGCAACCUGAACCGCGUGUCUGUCAUCCAGUUCCAGGAGGAGACCACCAAGCAGGAGGCGGAGGAUGACGAGGCGGCCGCGGAGCGCAGGGGUCUCCAGCGGCGGGCGACACCACACCACAGUGAGCUGAAGGUGAUGAAGAAAGGGAUUGAGGAGAGGAGGAACGAGGCCUACACUUCCAGAGCGGAUGGAGAGACGGAGUCCCCUGGUGCUGAGGAGAAGCGGCUGAGCGAUCUGUCCAAUCAGAGCCACGACUCUGCGGCGUCCAACAGCACGGCCUCGGCCAACUCCCACGAAGAGAGGCGGGGCCUGAUGACCACAGACCUGGUGGGUGGGCGUGGGCCCCAGGAGGUGGAGGUGCUAGAUGAGAUGGAGGUGGAGUACGUAGAGCCCACGGUGCACUUUGCAGAGGAGCCCAUGUACCGGGGUGGGGACGAGAAUGGUGACGACGAUGAGGAGGGCGAGGAUGUGGUCCCACACAGCUACGAAGAGGAACAACAGAGGCCCCAGUUCCCUACGGAGAAGCAGCGUCUGAUCAGGAAGGACACGCCGCACUACAAGAAGCACUUCAAGAUCACCAAGCUGCCAAAACCCGAGGCGGUGGCCGCGUUACUGCAGGGCUUCAGCCCCGAUGCUCACCUGGCCCAACACCCAGCCUCGCACCACACUGCCCCCGAGGAGGAGGAGGAGGAAGAAGAAGAGGAGGAGGAAGAGGAGGAAGGGGAGGAGUGUAUGGUAACUCCACAGCGCCACAACAGGAUAGAAGAGCCAGAGCUGGAGGAUAGGAGUCUGCUUCAUGCCAACUCCUCCCUGCAGCCGGUCAAGGGGGUGUCAUUUGAUCAAGUCAAUAAUCUGCUGAUUGAGCCUGCUCGAAUUGAGGAGGAAGAGCACAACCUGACCAUUCUACGGCAAACUGGGGGUCUGGGCAUCAGCAUAGCCGGAGGAAAGGGAUCCACACCCUACAAGGGGGAUGAUGAGGGCAUUUUCAUCUCCAGGGUGUCUGAGGACGGACCUGCAGCUCGGGCUGGGGUCAAAGUGGGAGACAAACUUCUCGAGGUGAACGGCGUGGCCCUCCAGGGUGCUGAGCACCACACGGCGGUGGAAGCCCUGCGCAGCUCGGGUACCGCCGUCUCCAUGAGCGUCAUCCGGGAGCACAUGGUGGAGCCGGAGAACGCCAUCACCACCACGCCGCUGAGGCCCGAGGACGACUACUUUCCCCGGGAGAGACGGGCCAGCGGGCUGCCCUUCUGCAUGGAGGCCAGCUCCCCCGCAGGCCCCCGACACAGGCGGUCUACCUGCCUGGUCCGCAACGACAAGGGCCUGGGCUUCAGCAUCGCCGGGGGCAAGGGUUCCACAGCCUACCGCACGGGGGACUUGGGGAUCUACAUCUCCCGAAUCGCAGAGGGAGGGGCGGCCCACCGAGACAGCACGCUCCGCGUCGGGGACAGGGUCAUCACUAUCAAUGGUGUAGACAUGACAGAGGCCAGGCAUGACCAGGCAGUAGCGCUGCUUACCGGCACCUCCCCCACCAUCGCCCUCCUGGUGGAGCGCGACCAGGCCGAGCCGGGCACCGCAGGGGGCUCCCCGGGCCUGUCCCGCGCCCGCGCCCACUCCCCCCCGCCCCCAGAGCCCUCCGACUCGCCCGAUCAGGAGGAGGGCAACGACGACUCGCCCCACGGGACCCACCUGAGCCGGCCGCUGCAGGACGAGUACCCCAUCGAGGAAGUGAUGUUGGUGAAGGCGGGCGGCCCUCUGGGACUGAGCAUCGUGGGUGGCAGCGACCAUGCCAGUCACCCGUUCGGCGUCAGCGAGCCUGGUGUCUUCAUCUCGAAGGUGAUCCCACAUGGCUUGGCGUGUCAGAGUGGGCUGCGGGUCGGGGACAGGAUACUGGAGGUGAACACCAUCGACCUGCGCCACGCCACCCACCAGGAGGCUGUUAAAGCCCUGCUCUCUAACAAACAGGAGAUCCGCAUGCUGGUGCGCAGGGACCCCUCACCGCCGGGGAUGCAGGAGAUAGUGAUCCAGAAGCAGACUGGAGAGAAGCUGGGCAUCAGCAUACGUGGCGGUGCCAAAGGCCACGCUGGCAACCCUUUCGACGCCACCGAUGAGGGCAUCUUCAUAUCCAAGGUGAGCUCCAGUGGUGCAGCGGCCAGAGACGGCCGUCUGCUGGUGGGCAUGCGGAUCCUGGAGGUGAGCAACCACAGCCUGCUGGGCAUGACCCACACGGAGGCCGUGCGCGUGCUCCGCGCCGUGGGAGACACCCUGUUCAUGCUGGUGUGUGACGGCUUCGACCCAGGCAACGCUGCCGCCAUAGAGGCGUCGCCGGGCAUCAUUGCCAACCCGUUUGCGGCGGGCAUCGUGCGUAAGAACAGCAUGGAGAGCAUCUCCUCUAUAGACCGAGACCUGAGUCCCGAGGAGAUGGACAUCCUACAGAAGGAGGUGGAGAUGGCGCGAGAGACGUCCCAGUGGGAGAGAGAAGAGGUGGAGCGUAUGCGCUUGGAGCGUGAGGAGGCUACUCGCCUGCUAGAAGAGGAGACCGAGAACCUGGGCACUGGACCUCUGAAUCUGGACUACCGGACGCUGGCUGCACUGCCCACCACCGCUCUGCAGAAGGUCAACAGGUUCGCUCCCUCUGUCUGUGUGACUGCCUUCAUGGAGGCCCCCCUACAGACCCAAUGUUCUGCCCCCUUAGAGCCCCUGGGCUUUGGCCUGGGGCAGCCCUCCACCUCCCUCUACCACGUGGACCCCCAUGCUCUGCCUCAGUCCUGCCCCACUAUGAUCACAGAGGCCGAGCACCUCUACAUGUCCCAGCACUCUCCCAGUCCUGCCAUCACCUCCUUCAAUCAAGAAGCAGCUAGACAGGAAGCCCCGCCUACCGGUGAAGAUGAAGAGGAGGAGAUUCUGGUGGACUCCCAGCCAAUUAACUUCAGCGAGAACCCCUUCCUGGUGGCCAAUCGCAAGGGAAAGGGCCGCCCCCCCUCGGAGUGUAUCCUAUCAGGGCCUCCCAUGGGCUACGGGAGCGGCGGCAAGUUGCAGCCCUGGUUGUUCAGCAAGGCACCCUCCACUGAGCACCCCAGGACAGACAGUCCCAUUAGAGAUGCCCCCUACUCGCCUAGCACACAACCGCCCAGUGCUCAUUCCUCCACCAGUUCCCUGUGUGCAGGCAGGGAGACCCGCUUCGCAAGCAUUCAUUUCCCCCCCACUGCACUGCCUGCCAAGAAUAACUCGCCAUUGAGUCCCUAUGAGACGAGGCCGGGUUCCAUCCAGCCACUCUCUCGUGGUGGCGGGCGACCAAGCACCUCGCCAGGCACUCCGGACGGGCACAGCAGAGACGGGCACAGCAGUCCCAACCCCUUCCAGCAUGGCCCCUCUCCCAUCAACUCCCAGACCUCUGACCUGUAUGGCCAGAGGAACAACAUCCACUCCAACCUGCCUUCUCCUUCUCUAGAGACUCCAUCUCCUGGGGGCAGAGACAGCCCAGAGCAGCGCUCCUUCAGGGACAGACAGAAGUACUUUGAGAUCGACAUGAAGCAGCAGACGCCCGACAGCAAGCCCAAAGGCCGCGUGUCCCUGGUGGGAGCAGAUGACCUGAAGAAGAUGAGGGAGGAGGAAGAGAGGAGAUUCGAGCAGCGGGCGCGGGAGUACCUGAUGGAUGACGAUGAUGAGGAGGACGACGACCUGGUGACGCAGAUGGGAGUGUUGAAGGCCACGGGCAAGGUGUUGCUGGACGGGGUGGAGUACAAGGUGGAGCCUGUGGCCAUGCCCCCCAGGCACUACAACACGCCCCCCAGCUACAGCGCCACGCCCCCCAGCUACAGCGCCACGCCUAGCUACUGUGGCAGCUCAGGGCCUUCGUCAGUUGAUGGUAAAGGAGACUCCCAGAGGAAUUCCUUAGAGGAGAGCUUCAGGUUGGAUCAGCAGCGGCCCAACUCCAUGACUGGUCUGAUCCCAGUGUACCCUGGAGAGUCGGGGGCUCCCAUCCGGACGGCCAAGGCAGAGCGGAGGCAACAGGAGCGGCUGAGGAUGCAGAGUCCAGAGCUGGUCCCGUCCGGAGACAAGGACCUGUCCCCCGCCGAGAAACGGGCUCUGGAGGCUGAGAAGAGAGCCAUGUGGAGGGCAGCAAGGAUGAAGUCUCUGGAGCAGGAUGCUCUGAAGGCUCAGAUGGUCAUCGCUAAGUCUCGGGAGGGAAAGAAGCGUGGCACGCUAGACCAGCUGGCCGAGUCACCCUCGCCCGCCCCCACGCCAUCCCCUACCCCUCUGGAAGAUUUCAGUCCCAGAGGAGUGACGUCACCAGGCAGACUGUCCCCUGACACGGUCGACGACUUUCAGUUCAUUGACGACGGCUCCAGUAACCCUGUGCCCGCUGAGGUCCCCACUGCCACCUCAACGCUGGAGGAGAUGGCCCUCUACAGAAACAAGCGCAAGCUGAGGCAGGGCCGCCGCAGCCUGGAGACCGCCGUGCCCACAUAACACCUCACACACCUACCGUAGGAGACUCGGGAGUGACACACACACCACACACACACACACACACACACACACACACACACACACACACACACACACACACAGGUGGCGCUGAAUCACUAUACACUACACACACUCACAAGUUUGGGAGAUGCGUCCCAUGUAACCACUGCAGAGACUAUGAUGCUGAUAAUCAACAAACACAUACCAUGUCAUGUCCUGCGUGCCAGUCUUGCCUUGACAGUCUGAGGAUGAGUUGGCAUCAACACAAGGCCCAAUGUUCCCGAUUACCAGGGAGGAGGAGGGCCUGUGAGGCUAGCAUUUCGUUUCAACGUUUUCCUUUUAAUUUGGGUUAUUUUUCUUCAGUUUGCGUUUUAGAAGCUGAAUUAUAUUAACAGGCGACUUAUGUUUUUAUUUUUGCGCCUCUGAUUUUUUUGCCGUUUUAAAAGAAAAAUGUGUUCUGGAAGAGCAAUGGAGAAAAAAAAUGAAAUGUGUAGCUGUAAUACUAACUUUUCAGAUGCUAUUUUGGAGGUUUUCAGUGAAUAGAUUGUGAAAUGUCAGGGUUUUUAGUGGGCUUUGGGGAGGGGGAGUGUAUAUAUUGUAGGAGGUGGGAACAUACUGCUACCUUCACUGCCACGUGUGCAAUGCAUUUUAAACACUACGUACAUAUCUCGAUUGCACUGCUUAGAAAACAUUUUCAUCUUUUUAAAUAAUUUAUUUUGCUUGCGUUUUAUUACUCUAAUCUGAAGCCUCCCCUCUAAUACAUUGUUGUUAAUCCCUGUACAACCAAACAAUGGCGCGGUGCAUAGCAUUUUAUUUAUCCUAAUGACAUCAAAGCAUAUGGUAUCAUAUUCAUAAUGAUCUUAUGAGGCAACCGCCUUUUUUUAAUCAUCCUCAACCCGCUUCUUUUUUUGGGGGGGCCAAUGAAUACAUUUGUUUUCACUUUGUAAACCAGGUUCUGACUGAUGAAACGUCCCUAAUGUAGCAUGGUACAUGUACGGGCUGUCACAUACUCUUGUAGGGAAACUGAUCUCAGUACAGUUUGUGAUAUCAGUGGACCAGUGUAAAGGAGCUGUCCUAGACCAGGUUUAUGAGUCUGUCAGAAUCCCAUUCUCGAGAAUGUAACGACACUGGAGAGACCAGCAGACAUGCAUAUAUUGACAGAAAUCUGAUGAGCCUCUAGUCCUAAUUCAAAAUGCCUGUCAAUUUGUGAACAUAAACUCAGUAUCAGCUUCAUCUCCAUUGACAUUAUAUACGGUACUUUCCCAGCCCUUUUUGGGAACAUAAUUUGUCAAUGUGAAUCUCACUCAUAUCUUUCAUAUCUGGAUAGUAUUCUAGAUUUGGCAGGUGAAGGUAGCAGGUGUUUGCUUAUUUUUGUAUCUGUCUUUGGUUAAUUUAAAUCUGACGCCACUGAAAAUCCUUUAUCAUUGUGUGAAUAAUGUACAAAAUACUAAAAGGAAAGCAAAACUUAAUGGUCGGAACUGAGCCAGUCUACGAAGCCACGACCAAGCAAGUGUCUGGACUGGGGAGCUCUCACUCUUGCUCUCUCGCCUUUGCUCUUUUUUUCUCUCGCUCUCUCUGCAUGUAUAUUGGCUUUACUGUGAGAACCUGUAGAGGCAGAAAACGUUUUGCUAAUCCCUCUCGAUCUCAUUCGACCAUCAUUCUCAAUCUCUUUCCUCUGCUUUACCUGCUGCUGUCAGUGGAUGUUAUCUGAUUGCAGCAUUGUUGGAGAAGCGCGUUUUAAUCAUAGCUUUCUGUGUUGCUCUCCCUGACUGAAAUUCAGUUAGGUUGAUAACAUUUGCAAAUGGCUGAUUUUCUUAGUAGGUUAAACUUUACAGACAAUGGGUCCUCCAUUUAAGGCAGAACUGUUUGGUUAUCUCUUCUUGAAUUCUCUUGGGGCUGUUGUUUUUCCAAAUGGGUCGGAGAAGGGCAGAAGUGCUGGGGUCAAGGGUUAGAGCUCAUCCAAGACUGUAACUAGUGAAUUUGUACAACCAAAGAAGUCUAUUUUGUCGUUCAGGAACAAUAAAAUUUACUUUUCAUUUAACAAGCUGA